AUGAAGGGGAUUUCUUUUUUCUCCGUUGUCUCGGCUGUGACAGCCUUAGCCACGACAGAACUUCACAAUCAGGGUUUCACGACACUCCAGACUUCACAAUCUGGGUCGAUCUUAACAGUCACCAUCGACAACACUGCCAGCAACGUGAAUCUGAUCAGUUUGAAUGUCUUAGAUGACCUUGACCGUCUUGUUACUGCCCUUCAAAAUGAUAGCGCUACUAAAGUAGUCUUAUUCCGAAGCAAGAACCGGGAUUUUUUUGCUGCACACCUCGAUGUCACGCCCCUCGUUCAGCUACCUGGUUCCAAUUUGCUGCUCAAUAUCUCUCGAUUACCACAAGCAUCCAUAGCUAUUGUCGAUGGCCCGGCGCGAGGCAUAAGCAAUGAAUUCCUUAUGGCUUGUGAUAUGCGUUUUGCAUCUGCAAAAGCAAUUUUGGGAAAUUUUGAGGUGUCACUAGGCCUUACCUUAGGCGCUGGCGGCGUCUCAUUCAUGCCGUUACUUUUGGGACGUGGACGCACUAUGGAGUAUCUCCUUUCUGGAAAGGAUUUCAAUGCCCAAGAUGCCGAAAAAUAUGGGUUAGUAAACAAGGCAUUUACUUCCUCUGAGGAACUCUACAAGUACGUCAAUCAGCUAGCAAAUCGAAUUGCUCUGUUCCCUGCAGGUGCACUAGCAAGCAUCAAAGCCGCAGUGAACUUGGUUGCUGGACCGACGGCAGAUCAGGUCAGAUUUGAUUCCAGUGAAUUCAUCAGAUUGACCGCUACGGUAGAGGCGCAGGGCCUGCUUCAAAGAUUUCUUGCCCUGACAAAAAACCAAACGAGUGUGGGAGUGGAAUUGCGUUUGGGGGAGGAAUUGCCUAAGCUCUAUAACUAG